UGGAAAAUUAUCCCUAUAAAUGCAAAUACUAAGUGAAACUUCUUAAUCAAGAGAAACUAUCCAAGAAGAGUUUCUGAGAAUGAGUCCAAAUAUUUGCUGGCUUUGCAAUUUCAGAGUAGAAGAAAAUGGGAUCAGUUCUAAAGUGUCUUUGGACGAAGUGCUACAAUAGUCCCAGUCUUUUGAAAAGCGGAUAACAAGUAAAUAUGGGCCUAUGAUCUACAAGACCUACUUGAAGACAGAGCACAGUGAUGAAAAUGUAGAAUUCUGGCUUGCUUGCGAAGUUAAGAUGAUCAUGUCACAGAGGAAAAGGAUUUCUGUGGCCAGGAAGCUUUUUAAAAGUUACAUUCAACCCCAGGCUCCCAACAAGAUUAACAUUGACAGUCCUGCGAGGAAAGCAAUGAUAAAGAAUAUUCAAGAGCCAACACAGUCCUGUUUUGAUGAAGCACAGAGAAUAAUUUACAUGCACAUGGAAAGAGAUUCUUAUCCACGAUUUCUUGAAUUGAAGUUCUAUCAAGAACUCAAACACAGCCUUCAAACUAAUGGCAAUAUUUCAAUGGAUCACGUACCUGUCCAAGGAAACAACCGUAGUGACAUAAGGUAUUUCAUAGAUAUGCAGCCAGUGCAGCUCACUCAGUGCCAAAGAGCAAAGAAAAAGCUUGUGGGAGCAGGUCUGGGCUCUGAUCUAGUAGCAUGGCUCUCUGUUGAAUAUCCCUGGGUGCAGGGCACACAGAUAGCAGAAGACAACAAAUGUAGAACUUGGCUAAAAACUCUUCCCCCAGAAAAAGCACAAAGGUUAUAUAUCGAGCCAUCUGUACUGGAGGAGCUUGCUAAAGGAAUGCUCUAA